AUGGUUACUGGUUCAGGGUUAGAGCAGGAUAAAAGUGCUAGACAUCAAAGGUCAUAUAGCACUGUAGAAAGGUCAUAUACCACUAUGGUAAAGGAUUGUGGCAAAAAGGCACCCUGCGCAUUAGAUAUUGAGCUUGAGAUGGAAAUCAGAAGCCGGCUUUUUUCAAAAGGCCUUCUGCGAACGCCCCGUCCCCGAUCCGCAUUCGCCCGCAUUCUCGAGUUCAUCUCCACGAACGCCGCGGAAACAACAACGAUGGCGGAGGCGGCGUCUGUGAGCGAAGAAAUUUUCGCUCUCAUAUCAGAAGAGGAAAAGAAGUCUAUCCCAGAUGUUCUGACCAAGAGAUUGGAGAAGUUGUGGGAGACGAAGGUCAAGGAGAUCACAGCGCUGAAAAUUGACAAGGAGAAGCAGAAAAUAACAGGAGACCAGGAAAAGUUCCAGUUAGAGCGAGAACUGGUCGCAGUCCGGACGCGGUUAGAAGAAGAAACUAGAUUGAAGGAUGAGGCGAAGACAAGAAGUGAAGAACUAGAACAAAGGCUAAACCAGUCUGACACUGAAGUCCAAAAUGCCAAGGCCAGAAUCAAUGCUUUGUCUCGGGAAAUUCAGCAUUCACACAGUGAACAAGAAAAUGCAUCAACACAGUCUGCUGCUAUGGCUGGUAGCCUGGAGUCGAGAAAUAAAAGAAUACAAGAACUACAAGAACAGGUGGAAAAGCUUGAGGAACAAUUGACAGUAGUAACACGAGCAAAAUGUGAAGCUGUCAUAAGGGCUGAAGAAGCUGGGAGCAGGGAGUUACACCUGCAGUACAAAGAGAAGAGACUAGAGCAAGAACGUAGUCUCUUGACACGCCAGGUGGAUCGCCUUCAACAGCAGUUAGAACAGAGAGUGGAGGAGAGUGUUAACCAACGAAGGGAGCAUUCGACUACUAUUCUUAGAUUACAGACAGAUCUCAACCAUAAAUUAGAAGAGUUACGAGUGGAGAGAGAGGAAAAUGAGAGGGUACAAAAGGGCUUAGAAGAGAAAUCACAAAGGAUUGAAGAACUUUUGUCCGCCUUGAAUGCCUCCAGAGAAUCAGAAAUGAAAUUAGAUGAAACUUACCGCCAAGAGCUUGUGGCACAGAAGAAACUUGCCGACAUUUAUCAAGGUUCCUGCCAGGAUGAGAAAGAGCGUUGCACUGAGUUGGAGAAGGCAGUGGAAGAAUUACGCAAACUCUUACAAGAGGCCAGUGAGCAAUAUGGAUGUUUAGAGCGUGCCAAGAAGGCGGCAGAGGAAGAAAGUGCAGAAGCUCUUCAGCAGUCAAAUUUGCUUGUCAAAGAACUGAAGGAAGAACUAGAUAAAGUGAAUCUGUUAAUGGAAGCUAGCUCUAAAAAGG